UGUCAAAUUGGAUGCCAAAAUUCUCAGUGGGCUCUCACAAAGCUUUCGUCUCCACUUCUCAAAACGACUUGCCAAGUGAGCAAACGGCCCUCGGCUUUCUUCUUCUCCGCGUUUUCCCUUUUUUUUUUUUCUCUGAUUCUUGGAGUCCGAAAAAGCUUAAAACCCACGAACCCAGAACCAGAGUUUUGUACCGUAGCGACGAUUAUGGCUGUACCCAUUUACAGAUUACCUUCUCUCUUUGCCCUUCUCGCCAUAUUUGUUGCCUUCUCCACCUUUCUUGCUUCCACAGAAGCAUAUGACCCACUUGAUCCAAAUGGAAACGUUACUGUCAAAUGGGAUGUUAUAAACUGGACUCCUGAUGGCUAUGUUGCUGUGGUUACUCUGUACAAUUUCCAACAAUAUCGUCAUAUUCAAGCACCGGGAUGGUCUCUGCAAUGGAAAUGGGCAAAGAAAGAGGUCAUAUGGAGCAUGUUGGGAGGCCAAACAACAGAGCAAGGUGAUUGUUCUAGAUAUAAAGGCAACAUCCCUCAUUGCUGCAAGAGGGAUCCGACCGUUGUCGAUUUACUGCCCGGAACUCCUUAUAACCAGCAGAUUGCUAAUUGCUGCAAAGGUGGAGUUCUCAACUCCUGGGUGCAAGAUCCUGUUACUGCAGUGAGCUCAUUUCAGCUCAGUGUUGGUGCUGCUGGAACCUCGAAUAAAACUGUUCGUCUGCCGAAGAACUUCACCCUAAAAGCACCCGGGCCUGGUUAUACUUGUGGACCGGCAAAAAUCGUUAAACCGAGUAAAUUCAUUUCAGCUGACAAACGGAGAGUUACACAGGCCUUGAUGACAUGGAAUGUUACGUGCACAUAUUCGCAAUUUCUGGCUCAAAAAACUCCGACUUGCUGUGUUUCACUGUCGUCGUUUUACAACGAUACAAUUGUUUCUUGCCCAAAAUGCUCCUGUGGCUGCCAAAGCAACUUGAAUGAUCCCCAAAGUUGUGUGGAGCCAAAUUCUCUUCACUUGGCCUCCGUUGUUACGGGUGCUAGUUCUCGUUCUAGCAAGAACAAUGUGGCACCUUUGGUUCAGUGUACCAGCCACAUGUGCCCUAUCCGAGUUCACUGGCAUGUGAAGAUCAACUAUAAGGAGUACUGGCGUGUGAAGAUCACGAUUACAAAUUUCAAUUACGUGAUGAACUAUACAAAUUGGAACUUAGUUGUCCAACAUCCUAACUUCGACAAUCUUACUCAGAUUUUCAGCUUCAACUACAAGUCGAUCAAUCCAUACGGAACGAUAAAUGAUACUGCAAUCCUGUGGGGAGUCAAGUUCUACAAUGAUUUACUCAUGCAAGCAGGCCCGCUUGGCAACGUGCAGACGGAGUUACUUUUCCAGAAGGAUCAAUCGACUUUCACAUUCGAUAAGGGCUGGGCUUUCCCUCGAAGGAUCUAUUUCAAUGGUGACAAUUGUGUUAUGCCUCCUCCAGAGGCCUAUCCCUACUUACCGAACACAGGUUCUAAGCACGGUGUCUCGAUGUUUACUAUGUUGUUGCUGAUUUCCUUGACUCUAUUGUCCUUCCACCAUUUGUUUACAUAAUAUUCUUGGUCGUAUACUCGAGUCAUUCUGAAGUUUUGAAGCGGAUCAGUCUGGCGGAUACAAUAAUUGAAAGAGCUGAUGAAUCUGAUGGAUGUGGAUGAUGACUUUUAACUACAAUUAAUUAUUGUUUCCGGUGAUUUUUCUGAUUUACUUUGUAAAUGUUGUACCAUAUUAUACACUUUCUAAUAUUUCCAUGUCUGCGUUCAGAUACUGUUUAACUUUGGGAUCUUCAAACAGUUUUACAAAGCAAUUGUAUUUCAUUCCAAA